AUGGAUGAAAAUGACAAAGAGCUCGUACGACAUUUUAGUUUGAAUCAUUGUUUCCGUUAUGAGAACAGAGACUUUGUACCUUCCGAAGAAAUUUUUGAUGGAGGCGAUUUAAAAUUGGAAAAAUAUACUGAACAACCAUUAGUAUACGAACCAAUUACGGAAAGUUCUCAGGAUACGCAAUAUUUACCGUGGGACACAUUUGCGAAAAAAUUUGCAGUCAAAAACUACGACGAUUUUACGGUAUUGGGAGGAACGGACAUCAAGCUUCUUAUUCCUGUACUUAAAAUCACAUAUGUUGGAAAUCCCGUUGAAUCAAUUAAAUCCUCUACGAAUGAUUUUGAAUUUUUUCUAGAAAAGGUGUUGGUCGGUGGAUCAUUAAUCAUUCGAAACUUUACAAAAUAUUCCAGCGAUUCUUUAAUUAUUGAUCAACUAAAAUCAUAUAUAAAGCGGGGCAUUAACGAAGCUCGUUUUGGACCUAGGGAUUUUUUCGGCUCUGUAGACAUUUAUUCAAAGAUGUUGAUAGAUUUGCAGAGUUCAGACGGUGUAACCAUUCGACAUGUCAAGGAUAUGAUAAAUUACCUGAAGAAACUUUAUGAAUAUGAAAAUUUAUCCAUUAUAGCGUAUGAAAAGAUAGUUUGCCACAUGACCAAUGAAGUUUUUGAUAAUCGUCUGAUUCCUGGAGUUACGAAGAAUCACAAAGAAAUGACUAUUGCAGAAUGGCUAAACGAUAAUAUAUACUUAAAUUUACCAUACUGGAUAAACGAAUAUAAAUUGGAUCACGGUUUGAUGGCAACUUCUGAAGGAUUUGUACCCGGAACCAAAUCUGUAAUAGAAUUCAUAUCCAUGCCCUUGAUUCAUCGUUGUGAUCAAAUAGAAGUAAAAGUCACUAGUUCUAAAGAUCUAUUAUAUGAUAAUCGCAAAAUUGAUUUAGAAAAAAUUCCAUUAUUGGAUAUAUCUUUUGAUAAAAUAUUCAAAGAUGUUAAAUGUCAAAUUAUCAGGAGCACAAUAGGUAUUAAGAUUUUUGAUAAAUCGGUGGAAAAUAUGAUAAGCCGGCCAUCUAAAAAAUUGUUGAAUGAUGUUAAGAAUGCGUUAAACAGCAUAAAUCCGUACAAAGAAUUGACAAAAGUAUUUUCAGAAUAUGGACACGUUUUUUGUCCAGAAACUACUUUCGGUGGCCACUUGACUGUUUCAACUUAUUUUCCUAAUUAUCGGGAAAAUCGUUCUGAAAUUGAAAAGAAUUUUGACGAAUGGAAAGGAUCGAUAGUUCAAAUUGAUCAGAUUAAGGAUAUUAUAAAGAAUUGGGAAACUCUCUUAAUUAAUUACGAUAUAAAUGUUCCAAAACUCGCAAAUAACGUGAACAUGGAAAAUAUCGAUAUUUGGCUGCGAGAUAUUUCUAAGGAAUCAUAUUCAUGGUCUUUGGUGGAUCACACAAAAUUGAUUCCACUAUAUGAACUUUUUGACCAAAGCACUCAAAGGGAAAUCCAGGACUUAAAUAACGAGGAACAAAAAAAGGUUUUAAUGAGUGGGAUUACAAAACUUUUUGAAGGCGACAUUCGAUACUAUAGGGUGGAAUUCGAACAUGCUCUUAAAAGUAAUGACUAUGAUGUUAUAGGAUCUGCGAUUACGAAUGAUUUACGAAGAGAUGAUCUAAUUGUAAAGUUUAAAUCGAAAAAUGUUUCUGGAUUCUUAAUAUUUAUUGAAAAAUUAAAUAGCGAAAAUGAAGAAAAUUUCAAGGUUAUUUGGCAAUUAAUCGGUAAUCCAAAAUCAGUUGAAUGCUUUAGUAAAAAUACGCGUAAAUUUAAAGUCCUGACUGGAACAAAACGCAAAGUAAAAAUUCCAAAAAGUAAUCAAUCUCUUAACAUUGAAUGUGAAAGUAUAAAUGGGGAAUUAUCUUCAGAUUUUCUCGUUGCAACUUCUGUUCAAUAUCCCCCUACCAAUAAUGAACCUUUACUUCAAAUAAUAGUAGAUUAUUGGACGAGUAAAAAAAUCCAUCUUCAAAUCACAAAUUACACUCCCGGAGAACAAAGUAGUCAUGUUUUAUGCGACAUUUAUUGGUAUGCCAUUGAUUUAAAUAAAGAGAAAACUAUUGUUGCGGAUGUAGGCAUAGAAGAUUUGUCCUUAGAUCUUAUUGGCUUCAGAAAAUUUUCAUCAGAGAUCACUGGGACUGUUUUUAGUGGUCUCAAAAGAUGUUGUGACGAUUAUCCACAUACUUUCGAAAGUAGAUUGGAAAGCUCAGAAGCCAUAUCCAACUCUUUGUCAGAUUUAAUUGCAAAUAUCGCCGAUUUACGAUUAGUAGAUCUACUUCAAGAAAUAGAAAAACGAUGCGCCGAUAAACAUAGUAAGUAUUAUAGGAUUUUGCAAAUUGUUUUCAUCUGA